UCUGGUAAUCUCUGAAACAUGUCGUUCAACUAUUCCAUGAAUACUCCCAGUCCUUCAAUGCUCUCUUUUGAUAUGGAUAUCCCUAUCACAGCAUUUCUUCAUAAUUCUGAUGUCUUUCAAUUAUUUCAUCCAGAUAUUAUGGAACAGGUUGUUGUGAAUAAGGAACGAGUCUUUUUUCCAACACCAAGUUUUAAUGUUUUGAAUUUGGAGUCUGAUUGUCUGUACAAAAUGAGUCUUCGAUUUGAUAAAACUAAUAACAAACGAUUCCAAUUCAACAGACAAACCAAACAGUGGACUGAAUACGAUAAAGUUUCAAAUCAUAAAGAAAGUGAGGUUUUCGUUCACCCAAGUGAAAUUCGAACAGGAGAUGAUUGGAUGAAAUCUCCAGUUGAAUUCUUCAUCAAAGUGACAAAUCUUAGAAGUUCGGAAUCUGAUGAAGUGAUUUGCCUCGAAAGUCAGUGUAAAUACCAGCCAACACUUCUGAUCCAAAAAGUCUUCAGAGAUUGUUUUGGGUGUUUUCAAGCACACGGUCCUCCAGUUGAAAUAAAGUUUGCCCUUUUAACUUUCAUUGCAACAACACGAUAUUGUAGCAGAAGAAUUGCGGAUAUAAAGAGCUCACUCAACCCAUUUUCCAGUCAAGACACCAAAAAGAAGAAUAAGAGGAAUACAUUGAAAGCUGUAUCGCAGGAAGAAAAUCAACCAAUUGAGAAUAGCAGCUUUCAUCAGAGUUUUUCGAAUCAAUAUCUGUCUAAACCUGAUCUUGACCUAAAAAGCACUACCCUUCUACAGAUUGCACCAGAUCAUUCCUUUGAACCAACAAAUUUUGUAUCUAGCUCUCAUUUUCCAUGCUGGGACUCUAUUUUCUGUCAGCAAUCCUUUCCAACACCAUCUUCAUCACCGUAUUCAGACUCGCUUCCUCAUUUCACAAACGAAUGGAAUACUCCAACAUUUUACAACGAAAAUUUUAUGUCGUAUCCAAAUUUUCCAAAUUACUGAUUUUUUCUUUUUAAAAAUUAAGUUUAAAUUUAUAUUUUAUCAAAAUUGUUCGUCUUCUGAAAUCGAUUCAUGUUUUUCAAAAGGUGUUCUUAACUUGUA